GGCCGUUGUUUGUCACAAUGACCAAAACGCAUGUGAUAGCAGCUUCAAAAGAAGCAUUUUACAUCUGGCAGUAUCGUGUGGCCAAGAAGCUCACGGCAAUGGAAAUUAAUCAGGUAGCACGGACCAGAAGAGAAGGCAGGGAAAGGAUUUAUCAUGUUGAUGACACCCCUUCAGGAUCUGGAGAUGGACACCUUGAUUACAGCAGAGCUAUUGAAGGAACAAGAGAUCCAAUUUGUGCAAUAACAGCAUCUGAUAAGAUACUACUUGUGGGAAGAGAAUCCGGCACUAUUCAGAGAUACAGUCUUCCUAGCGUUGGUAUAGUACAGAAGUAUGCUUUGAACUGUCGUGCCUAUCAGCUGUCUUUGAAUUGCAACUCCAGUCGUGUUGCUAUCAUAGACCUUUCAGGUGUCUUGACUUUCUUUGACUUGGAUACACGGGUAGUAGACAGUACAGGGCAGCAAGUGAUGGGAGAGCAGCUGAAACUGGAACGCAAAGAUGUCUGGGAUAUGAAAUGGGCCAAAGAUAACCCAGAUUUGUUUGCAAUGAUGGAGAAAACAAGAAUGUAUGUUUUCAGAAACUUGGAUCCAGAGGAACCUAUACAAACUUCUGGAUAUAUUUGCAGCUUUGAAGAUUUAGAAAUAAAAUCUGUUCUUCUGGAUGAAAUAUUAAAGAAUCCUGAACAUCCUAACAAAGAUUACAUCAUCAAUUUUGAGAUUCGGUCAUUACGAGACAGUCGAGCAUUGAUUGAAAAAGUUGGCAUUGAGGAAUCUUCCCAAUUCAUAGAAGACAAUCCACAUCCCAGACUCUGGCGUCUCCUGGCUGAAGCUGCUCUUCAGAAGCUCGAUCUGCAGACUGCUGAACGAGCUUUUGUACGUUGCAAAGAUUAUCAAGGUAUUAAAUUUGUGAAGCGUCUGGGCAACCUGCAGAGCGAGUCAAUGAAGCAGGCAGAGGUGGCAGCUUAUUUCAGCAGAUUUGAAGAAGCUGAAAGAAUGUAUCUGGAUAUGGACAGAAGAGAUCUUGCCAUCGGACUACGGAUAAAACUGGGAGAUUGGUUUCGAGUGUUGCAGCUACUGAAAACGGGCUCAGGCGAUUCAGAUGAUGCCCUUCUUGAACAAGCACACAAUGCUAUUGGGGAUUAUUUUGCAGACCGUCAGAAAUGGUUAAAUGCUGUGCAGUACUAUGUACAAGGACGAAACCAGGAACGUUUAGCUGAAUGUUACUACAUGCUAGAAGAUUACCAAGGGCUGGAGGAUCUAGCUAACUCGCUUCCAGAGAAUAGUAAAUUGCUCCCUGAUAUAGCCUGUAUGUUUGUAAGAGUGGGGAUGUGUGAACAAGCUGUGUCGGCCUUUCUGAAAUGUAACCAGCCAAAGGAUGCGGUAGAUACCUGCGUGCAUCUCAACCAGUGGAAUAAAGCUGUGGAGCUGGCUAAAAAUCACAAUAUGAAAGAAAUUGGAUCCUUGUUAGCCAGAUACGCAAGUCAUUUACUGGAAAAGAAUAAAAUCCUUGAUGCUAUAGAACUCUAUCGUAAAGCCAAUUAUUUCUUUGAAGCUGCAAAACUCAUGUUCAAGAUUGCAGACGAGGAAGCAAAGAAAAGGACAAAGCCUUUGCGAGUUAAAAAGCUAUAUGUGUUAUCAGCCUUACUGAUAGAACAGUGCCACGAACAGAUGCAAAAUGCACAAAGGGGGAAAGUUAAAGGAAAAAGUUCAGAGACUGCUUCAGCUUUGGCUGGUUUGCUAGAAGAAGAUGUUCUUUCUUCAGCUAAUCGCUUUGCAGACAAUGCUUGGCGAGGAGCUGAGGCUUACCAUUUUUUCAUACUUGCACAAAGACAGCUCUAUAAAGGUUCUGUGGAUGCAGCACUUAAAACAGCUCUUCAUCUGCGAGAUUAUGAAGACGUUAUCCCUCCAGUGGAAAUCUAUUCCCUUUUGGCGCUCUGUGCCUGUGCAAAUAGAGCAUUUGAUACUUGUUCAAAAGCCUUUGUGAAACUAGAAUCCUUGGAAACUCUUAGGCCAGAGCAGAGACAGCAGUACGAAGAUCUUGCUUUAGAGAUAUUCACGAGACAUUGUCCCAAGUAUAACACAAAAUCUGACCUGGAUGACGUUCUUCAGAGUGGAGAUGGGAAACUUCCUGUGUGUGUUGCAACGGGAGACCCUAUCCUGGAGUAUCAAUUCUGGAUGUGCAACGUGUGUAAGCAUUGUAUGAAACCCAAAGAAGUGAGCAAUUACAGCUUCUGUCCCCUGUGCCACAGUACAGUGUAGCAGGGGGUAAAGGACUGCGGUUUGUCCUCGUGUCUGUUACGUCUCCUAAAAAUACGGUCUAAAA